ACCUGUCGGACGUCAAAAUGGCGGACGAUUGAUUUCGCGAUACACAACAACAUCUUCCAUCGUACAAUAGUGAAUUCAAAAAGUGAUUUUUAAAAUAAUUCUUCAGUGAUUUUUCCACUUUCUUUUAUUGUUUCAAUUAGUCGUAUGUCUUCUGCACUCGUUGAACGUGUGGCAAUCCCCCAUGCAUGGGAUUGCUGAGUGAAAAUGAUUUGAUUUGAUGUGAUGUUUUGUCAAGUUUGGCUCGAGUCUGACUGUCAAAAGUUGGAAAAAAAAACUGUCACCGUGGAGCACAAAUGCGUACUGUGUGAGGCGGAACUGGAGAGCAAGGAGGCACUCCAGGAGCACUUCAGAAAACAUGCGAACAAGGAAAUUGACGCCCGGGGCAGACCCCAAGGAAGGAAAGCCCUGAAGAAGCCCAGUAAGACAGAUGAAUUAUGCGACAUUUGCGGAAAAACAUUUGAGUCUAUCACAGCGACAAUUCGCCACAGGUUCAAGGUGCAUCCGAACUCACCAGCUAAAUUCUACUGCAGUUACUGUGGAAAGCAAUUUCCUUUGAAGACUCAUCGUGACAACCACAUGACGACCCACAAUCCUGAGGAGAGCAAAAACACGUCUGAUCACAAGAAAUGUGAAGAAUGUAACAUAGUUUUUUACAAUCUGAAGGCUCUUAAUUAUCACUAUCGAUCGAUUCACAAAAGACUGGUACAUAUUUUUCAACCUAUAGCCACCCCGCCUCCCAGCAACAAGAUUAAGGUGAAUUCGAUGAACGAUGCAUUGAGUGUCUACUACUGCCACAUUUGUGGAGUCGAGUACAUCGUAAAAUUCAACCUCCAGCAGCAUCUCGAGAAAGUUCACACGCGGGAAGAGCGAGAGAGGGUUCCAGAUGAUCUCAUAAAGUGCACCAUGUGUGCUGCCCUCUUCUGCAGCAAGAAGGCUUAUGAAGUACACAACAGUUAUCACCAACCUGAUGAUCUGUACGUUACAUCUGAAGAGCAACGACUCCAGACCAUCACCAAGAUCGAUCAGGAUUUCGAUAUACGAAGGGUCAAGCCAGCUGUUGAGAAGUACAUGCCAAAAUUGACGAGACACAGGCCACAGAAGAGACGAAUAACUAGUGAAAAAAUCGGUGAUUUUGUCAAUGUGACAAUCAAGGAAGAGAAUAAGUCUGAUGAUGAGGAGCCAGGGGGCAGCCACAGCUGUCAGAGUGACUCUGACAGUGAUGUACCACUACAGAAGAGGCUCAUGGCUAGUUAACAAUAUCAAUGACAAUAAAAUUAUCCAUUAAUUAUCGAGAAGGUGGACGUGAAGUUGAUCGAACGAUUAAAAUCAAAUUCAAGUAUUCAGUUACUCGACGAAAAUUGAAAUCACUUCGAUCUUUCAACUUCACUAGUAUUUAUUUUGAAUGAUUGCAAAACAAAUUCCACUGACUGCCAUUUUCUUACUUUUCCAAUGCCCUCUGAAUAUUUAAAAAGCUAUUGUGAUUGUUCUUUUGUAUGAAAUGACGAUGAAUAAAGAAAAUUCAUGAAAUC